GAACGGGAAAGCAGGAGCGUUCACAGUGCCAAGAAGCGAGACCAGGGAGCUGGCCGAAGGGAGAGGCGCUGCCCUUUCUGGCUUCCUAGCCCAGAGGCUGAAGUGGACAGUGACCCUACCCACAGGCCGACGAGGCCUGUCAGCUCCCCGAGGGCAGGGCCAGUCUGAAAAGGCUCUGGACCCUGGAGGACUUGCGGGAUAGGGCUGUGAAAGAUCAAAGUAGCCCCCUUUGCCGGAGCUUGCUGGGAACAGAGUGCUAAGGGCUCUGCAUCACCUCGUUUCAUGUCACAAGAGUCUAGAGGUGUCAUGCCACUGCAACUCCUCCUGCUGCUGGUCCUCCUGGGCCCCAGCCUCCAGCAGGCCCCGGCGGAUGGGGACAAGGAUGACCUGGAAGAGUACAAUGACAAUGAUGAGUAUGGCACGGACCCUCCAGACACGCUUGAAACUAUCACAGCGGGUGUGACCCUGAGCCCCAAGCUUCAGGCUGUGAUGGGAACGUUGGGGCAGAGAGAGUCUGCAGGGCCUGGUACCCCCGAGCCGGCCACUCCGGAGGUGACCACAGGGGACUCUGCUGGCCUGGAUGCCAGAGAGGCAACCCCUGGGAAGCUCAGCAUGGAAUUGGCCUCACAGGGGGUUCCUGUCGCACCUGGACCUCUGACCACAGAUCUGGGCUCUACAAUCCCUCCCAUCACGGAGGCUCCAUCCACAGAGGGGGCUCCAUCCACAGAGCUGGCCACCACGGAGGCCCUGCCCACAGAGCCACUGACCACGCAACCUGCAGCCACGGAGACCCUGCCCACAGAGCCACUGACCACGCAACCUGCAGCCACGGAGGCCCUGUCCACAGAGCCACUGACCACGCAACCUGCAGCCAUGGAGGCCCUGCCCACAGAGCCUCUGACCACGCAACCUGCAGCCACAGAAGCCCUGUCCACAGAGCCACUGACCACGCAACCUGCAGCCACGGAGGCCCUGUCCACAGAGCCACUGACCACACAGCCUGCAGCCACGGAGGCCCUGUCCACAGAGCCACUGACCACGCAACCUGCAGCUGCGGAGGCCCUGUCCACAGAGCCGGCUACCACAGUGGCCCCUCCCACGGAGCCCACUACCACGGAGACCCUGUCCAAGGAGCCAGCCACCAUGAAGGCGCUGUCCACAAGGGGUCUCUCCACGGCCUUUCUCGUGCUGUCUGAUCCUCACAAGGGCACCACCGUGGCCGCCAGCAAUUCAUCGGACGCCUUCAUCCAUCAGGGGAAAAGCAGCCAGGGCCUCUCCCCACCGAGCUCCGCGUCCCCCGGCCUCACGAAGGGCCCGGAUUACAUGCCCGUGAAGCACUGCCUGCUGGCCAUCCUGAUCCUAGCGCUGGUGGCCACCACCUUCCUGGUGUGCACCGUGGUGCUGGCCGUCCGCCUCUCCCGCAGGAACCACAUGUACCAUGUGCGCAGCUACUCGCCCACCGAGAUGGUCUGCAUCUCCUCCCUGCUGCCCGAGGGCGGGGAGGCGCCCGCCGCCACCGCCAACGGGAGCCUGCCCACCGCCAAGGGCCCGGGCCUACUGGAAGGGCCCGGGGAGGACCACAAUGGGGAUGACCUCACCCUGCACAGCUUUCUCCCUUAGCACCCCUGCCCGCGCCCCUGAGCAGGACCCUGGCUCCUGGCUGCUCCCUCCGCGGCCACCGCCCAGCGCUCAGGCUCUGGGCCACCUGUCUGGGCUUCCUCUGAGCCCCUGGGGGAGGGAUCUCUAGGGCAGGACCCUGGCCACGCCAACAGGACCGAGGGCGGCCAGGGUUUGAGGCCUCUCCUUCCUCCUGGCCGCUGGCAUCUCAUUCCCAUGAGCCCAGGGGAGACACAGGUCCCCUGUCCUCACCCACCGCUCUCGUCUUCUGGUUGCCAAUCAGCUUGCAUUUGGGGGGGGGUAGGUCCUGAGGAGCGUGGGGUUCCUGAGACCACUCAUGCUGUACCCCGCUGGGGGCAGCUGGGGUGUUCUCAGCUACCCCUCUGGGGAGCCCAGGAUGAGGUCUUUUUUUUUUCUUUCUUUCUUUCUUUCUUUCUUUCUUUCUUUCUUUCUUUCUUUCUUUCUUUCUUUCUUUCUUUCUUUCUUUCGAGUUCCCACUAUUUUUUAAAAAUAGUUCUUUAUUGUUGAAAGUAUUACAUAUAUCCCCUUUCUCCCCUUGCCUGUGAGGGCUGGGGCAGGCUUGGGGAGCCCAAGGCUACCCCUUCUUUGAGACUGCAUGGGCCAGCGAGCUCCCUGCUGGUGACAGAGUAACCCCCCAUCCUGCCUUCUCUCGCCUUCCCCUGUGUCCCAGGUUCCGGCUGGGCUCUGUUUAGUUCCCCGGAGUGUCCCAUAUUCUGCUGCCCAGCCCAGGCCCAGUACUUGGUACAUUUUUUUAAAAUAUAUUUUUUAUUGAUUUCAGAGAGAAAGAGAGAGGGAGUGAGAGAUGGAAACAUGAAUGAUGAGAGAGAAUCAUUGAUCAGUUGCCUCCUGCAUGCCCCACACUGGGGAUCAAGCCCACAACCCAGGCACAUGCCCUGACCGGGAAUCGAACUGUGACCUCCUGGUUCAUAGGUCGACGUUCAACCACUGAGCGUGGCCACACUCGGUAAAUAUUUGAUGAACAUGAGCUGGCUGAAU